AUGGCAUCCGGCCAGGCAUCCGAGCUCCAGAGCGCGAUCGCUCUGAUCAAGACCCUAACAAAUGCGCAAUUGAAAGAUAUAUUGAGAGUUGAGGGGUUAGCCGUAUCGGGUGUCAAAGCUUCACUUCAAAUGCGAAUCAUUAACUACCUUGAGCAGCUUUCCCAAGCAGGCCAUCUUGAAAGCUAUGAUAGCCUCAGAAAGUUCAUAUAUGCUACUGCACACCGUUCAUUACCUCAAUCUCCCUCGGUACCGCCGCCAGUGGCAGGGCACCAUUAUCAACAAUCUCCAACCAACCAAGUACUACAAUCACAUCACCGGCCAUCACCUAUAGGCAUGUCUAUGACCUUGCAAGGGUCUGCAUCUGCACGUGAACACACGAGGGACAGCGUAGAGCUCAAGAUUCUUCUCGACACAGACAUAGCUUCCAGAUUAUUAGCAGAUUCUAAGCUACGAGUUAUGGUGUUUUGUGCCGCAGACACUGGUCUCAACCAGUUUACGAAAUCAGAUAUCUCGUUCCCUCAUCAAGUUGAACUUAAAGCGAAUCUCGAUGAGGUGAAAGCUAAUCUUAGGGGCCUUAAGAAUAAACCCGGUACAACAAGACCGGCGGAUAUUACCAAUUAUAUUCGAAAAAAGGCGGGAUAUACAAACCAUGUUGUGAUGACUUAUGCUUUGACUCAGAAGAGGUUUUUUAUUCUUGCCAACCUGGUUGAGUGUACGCCAAUCGGGGAGCUUGUGAAUAAGCUGAAGCGAAGGAGGACGAUCACAAAGGAGCAAGUGCUCCAGGAAAUGAAAAGCAAAGCCGAAGAUGCGGAUAUUGUUGCAACGUCGACUGUCAUGUCAUUGAAAUGUCCCCUCUCUACUCGAAGAAUAGAGGUGCCUUGCCGCUCUGUGCUAUGCACGCAUAACCAGUGUUUUGACGCGUCGUCAUUUCUCCAACUACAAGAACAAGCGCCAACGUGGACGUGUCCAGUUUGCGCAAAGGCAACGAGCUACGAGUCCCUAAACGUCGACCAGUACGUUGACGAUAUACUCCACUCAACACCGUUGGACGUAGAGCAGGUCAUUAUAGAGCCAGAUGGGCAGUGGUCAAAUCCUGGGGCAGAAGAAGAAGGAACAGCAGGGCCCGGAAGCGUUACGCCUGCGACGGAUGAUGAUGAUUUAAUGGAGAUAAGAGAGCCUGGGGUCACACCAGUAAAGCAGGAACCCCCCCCUGUCUUGGGCCUAUUACAACAAACACCCUCCGGACCCCGAGAACAGUCCUCCACAAGGUCGACUAAUAAACGGCCAGCUGCCGUGAUCGAUCUUACGGGGAGUGACGAAGACAACCAUGAUUCCCCAGUAAGGCCGCCUAAGAGACAGGCCGUCAAUAUGCAUCGGCCGUUGCCUCGACAGGAUUCCCGAAAUUCAUAUAGGAGCCCCUAUUCUCUUCCGACGUUUGCAUUUGAUAUUUCAACGACGAAUGCCACGUACGUCCCGCCUGCAACUAUGUCGCUCGAUGCGUCCAGCACACCCCCCCAAAAUUCCGACUCCCGAGCCAGACUCCUCAAUGCGUCAUGCCUAGACUUCUUGCUCAUUGAGUUGGUGCCAAUGGCUGAGCGAAUAGCCAAAGAUCUUGCGGCAGAAGAUAGACUACUCGAUGACGAGGAAACGAAUGAAACGUCGUUCUUCCGCCUCGAGUCACUAGGCUAUAGGGUUGGACAAGGACUUGCAGAAAGGUUCUCCCGAGAUCGACCGCGUUUCACGGAUAAUCUAGACGUCAUCAAGUUCCUUUGCAAGGAUUUAUGGAUGACACUGUUCAAGAAACAAAUCGAUAAUCUAAAAACGAACCAUCGCGGUGUAUACGUCUUGACAGAUAACUCUUUUCGGCCUUUUGCGAGAAUGAGCAUGUCCGUCAGAAGCGAGGCCGUGUCCAUGGCACAGGCGUAUUUGUGGUUUCCUUGUGGUGUCAUUCGUGGUGCAUUGUCAAACCUGGGCAUCUAUGCAACGGUGCAGGCUGAAACUACGGAGCUUCCCGGCGCAACCUUCCAGAUAAAAACAAUCAACAAAUCUUAA